CUCCGCACAGGAGAGUUCCCUUUGACAGGAAAGCACAUGAAGACAAGCCGGCGUAAUUUGAAUGGAUUUAAAGAUCCCCAAGUAUGAUGUAUAAUUAUGUAUUGGACGGUUAUUGUAUAAUGUUUUAGUUGGGAUGUCAUCAAUUCCAAAAUUGUUUAUUCCUUCUGGAGACAGAGAAAAAUACAGAUGAAAGUGAGCUACUUUGGAUUGGCGAUGAGAAGAUGCAGGUGCGUGUCAGUCUUCGUACUCGUUCCCAUCUGCUACAUCCUCUGUAUGCAUCUAAAGGAAUCCUAUAUUGCGCAUCAAAAUUUUGUCAUCGCCAUGCCAGUGGACAAUCUCGACUCGUGUCACCGAACGCUACACUAUUUGGAACGACAACCAGUGGAGGAAACCGAGGUCACUUUAGAGUAUUUGGAGAGACUUUACAGUAAUAGAAGUCUACUGGGUGGUCACUUUCGCCCUUCUAUAUGUACAGGUGUGGGUAGGACAGCUAUUAUAAUACCAUACCGGGACAGAAAGAAACAUCUACUACAGUACCUUAACAAUGUACUGCCCAAACUUCUCAGACAACAAAUCGACUUCACUAUAUUCGUCAUUGAACAGAGUGAAGGCUCCAGCUUUAACAGAGGACUGAUAAGAAAUGUUGGUUUCGUAGAAGCAAUGAAAUCUGGUCCGUUUGACUGUUUUAUCUUCAAUGACGUCGAUACCAUCAUAGAGGAUGACCGGAACAUCUUCUACUGUAAUCCUAAUAUGGUGCGACAUAUGGUGUCUGGUGUCGACCGAGAUGGCUACAAAUUGCCAUACUAUAGACUAGUAGGAGGAAUCAUUGGGUUUACUCCAGAGCAAUUCCAACAUAUCAAUGGCUACUCGAAUUUAUUUUUCCUUUGGGGCGCUGAAGAUGACGAUCUAUACAGAAGGAUAGUCGGCGAAGGGUUACUUAUAGAAAGACCCCCAAAUCCUAUAGCAACUAUAACGACACUCAAACACGUAGCAGAUCCUAUUUUCAAGGCUAGAUUGACCAUAUACGAGUCUCUUGAAGGGCUACUACAAGUCUGAAGGGUUGAAUAGUUUAGAAUAUACGUUACUAGAUUUCAAAAAAUUGCCGCUAUUCACUAGGAUCUAUGUCGAGGUAGACGAAAACGCUAUACGAAAGAGAUUUUUCUAGAUUCUAAGAAGAUGCAGUGAAACAUUGUGAUCCAUGUGUCACCUCCAGGAUAAACUGUGUUAUUCAAUGAAUCCUUAAACUAUAAAUAAACUAACGAAUCCAGGAGACAUCAAAACUGCUAUGAAGGCCAUGACCUGGUUAUCAUGACGUCAUUAUUGUCACGUUGGCUAAAACCGACACUUGCUGUAAGAUGACCGAUCUGUUAGUUGAAUAAGUAUACAUACUUUUACAUGUUGUUUAUUUUAUAUAUUUUUUAUUUUUUAUUAGAAAUGAUAUUUUCAAGGAUAUAUCAGUAUUCUCAAUAUUGUAAUAUUAAAAAGGGAAAAAAAAGAAGAAAAAAAAGAAAGAAAAAUGACAAACUUUGAAGUUGUUACGACAUUCAUUAUUAAUUUGAAUGUCAACUGAAAACAAAUUAUUCCAGUAAGUGAUCGUCGUCGUUAUAUUCAACUUUGUCAUAAUGCCAUAAUCAAUGUUUACAUGUGUAAGAUACCUGCUGCACAUGACGUGUUUUACCUUAGCUCUCCUGGAUAUUUGAAUGUGUAUUGUUUUACGAGUGCUAAAUCAUUUGUAAGGGGAAUGUUAUUUUUGACGAUUUCAUAUUUUUAUGAAUUGAUUUAGCCUUCUGACAAUUGUAAUGGAAUGGGAAGCAGUUCUUUUUUACUAUGUCUCAACUCAAACUUUCUACCUAAUGAAUUCAUUAUAUCACGACAUUCAUCAAACCAAGAUUCAGUUACGUACAUUCCCUAAUUCAAAGUUAUUUUGUCAUGUGUCAUGUUUGAAAUCACUCUUUUAUAUUACAUAAAAGAGUAUAUUAUCAUACCUUUUUUAUUUGUCAAAACUUUGUGCAUUUUUUACAUAGAUCUAAAUAUCAUAGUAUGAAGAACCAAUACUGCCUUAACGAUGUGAUAUUUAUACAUACAAAUGGGUAAAAUAUGGUAUUCUUCUUUGGCAAGCCAUAUCGUGGUCGUUUUAUUGAGUCAAGUCCAACAAGAAAUUAACAGAUAUCCGCAUUGAUGUACGAAGCAAAAUCGUAAAGAAAUUCUAGACAAUAAUUUUGGACAAUGUUUGUCACCGUAUUAACCAAUACCCUCACUAUAAAUUUUGAUUGUCUUCAUCAAGGCCGGAUUUUUGUUUAUAAAAACGUAUCUUAAAUAAUUGAAAUUAGAAUUUCCAAUUGUGAAUUUUGAAAAAUAAAAAUCUCUGAUUCGAUUUUUUUCACUUCUACAUAAAGAAAUCUUUAUGCUUUUGUUUAUUGGUAUUCGUUCAAAUGUACAUCAGAAGGUGAGGUGAAUAUUUUGAUUUUUUCACAAAUGAGUACAUCUGUAACACGAGUGAAAAAUAUGACAAAUAUCCACCGUGGGAAGGAACCAUGACUGUCUCUUUGACCGUAUAUGCUUGAAUAAUUAUGACGAUCAACAUAUGUCGUUUAUAAUUUAACCUCCUACUAUUGAAGCAUUACUUAUUUGUAUAAUCCCUGGAGAAGUGACAUGAAAUGGUAUUUUAAUGCAUUUCAAAACAGAUAUUUUUGUUAACCUUUUGUCCAGAUUUACAUUUUACAAUUAAAAGUUGAAUAUGGCUUUCAAAAUACCACACAUUAACGUCACAGCACUACGAUAUGGAACAAAAAUAGAAAUUAAAACUAACACAAACAGAUGAUUGAACUGAAGUAAACAUAAAUAAAACGGAUUCUACAUACGAUUCUCAUGAUGCCAUGGGACUUUAUUUAUGUUAUAUUAAGACAGAAAAUCAGCUAAAGCAUGCUCGUUAUUCCAUUGUUAAUGAAGUGUAUAUGUAAGGUGUUCUCUUAUUGUUGUCUAACGUUAUCAAACUUCCGCCCAUCCAUUUCUCACGAAUCUCUCAGGGAGGAAUUUUGUUUAAUGUUUAUUUUGUAUGAUUAAACAAACUCUUCAAGACAACGGGAUUGACUGUGUGAUUAGAUGAUUGUAUUAAAUGAGAUUUUAUUGCAUUGAAAUCUGUUUUUAAAUAUGAAACGUUUCGAGUUUUAUUGCUACCAGUCCUGGAUGUAUUGGUCGCUGUACCAGCCAUAUUAUAGGGUUUUCACAAGGAUAUAAACAGCCUGUGUAAUAUGAUUAGCUCGCUAGCAUGGUUUGUAGGCAGUGAUUGGCUAACUGCUGUUUGUAAUGUCACCGUUUAUUCUUCUGCUAUUCCACUCAUGGUGGCGUUGUUGUUUGGUCCAGUCAGAAAUAAUCCUUUUUGUGUCCAUCUUACCUUUUCGGAAAGCUAGUACUGUCAUAAUAUGACCAGUUAUAUGUGAUAUAAACAGGAAUGAUAGAAAUAUUCUCUACAUUAUUGGACUGUGGUCACGUUUGGGUAUAAGUUUCUAUUGAAAUCCACGUUAAUUGGGAGGCGUCAUUAAACUGACAAUCAUUGAAGACUUACUGGUUACCAUAGUUAUACUUAAUAUCAAUUGCAACAGCAAUUACAGUUAAUGAUUUUAAGUUUUUAUAAACAUCUAUCAAAAUGGUAUUUGAUCUUUACCAAGACUACUGUAAAAUAUAUGGCAAUGUUUUGUUGAUGCGAAUUAAUGAUUUUGUUUUCCAAAUAUCAAUCUUCUAUUUUGAAGUUUUUUCCUGAUAUUGUAUUAACAAUAAAAAAAAUCAGCGGUGAACAUGUAAGCGCAUGGCACAUUAUUUGAUAUAAUGUCCCUUUGAUGGUAUAGAUACACAUAUAUCUGUUUGGAUUUGUUUUUGUUAAUCCCUUUAUCUUUUAACUACUUAAAAUCAGGUAACUAGUGCACAAGAAAACAAAAAUUGCUAAUAAAUAAAUAUAAAUAUAUGUAUGUAAAGGAAUUUACAUAAGAUGUGUAGAUAUUUCUACACAAUAUGAAUGUUAUGAUUGUAUAUUGUAUGAAUAUAUGUGUACAUUUAUGAAUGAGAAAUCUGAAUGGAUUUUGUAGUUAUUGUAUGUGGUUAUGAUAGCGGUUUUUAUCGUCACCAUGAAUUACCAUGGGCAAACUCAAACUCUACUUACUUUUACAUCCGGGAUAUUAAAAAGAGGAUAGUUCAAACACUAACGUUAAGAUAGUUAUUAGGUAUCACUCCAUAUAACAGACGAUCCGAUUGGAUGGCGUUAAACAUAACGCAGUAUCUGAUAGGAUUACAUGAUUCCUUGACGUCACCUUAAAACAUUGAAUAUGGAACGGGUUAUCUUAUUGCAUGGCAGUAUUCCUUUGACAUCAACAUGAAACAAACAACGAGGUAUCAGAUUGGAUGAUAUUAUUCUAUUGACAUCUAUAUCAAUCAUGAAAAUUUAUAACGGGGUAUCUGAUUGGAUGAUAUUAUUCGUUUGACGUCACUAUAAAUCAUGAAACAUGUAACGGGGUAUCUGAUUGGAUGAUAUUAUUCGUUUGACGUCACUAUAAAUCAUGAAACAUGUAACGGGGUAUCUGAUAAGAUUUGAUGAUCCACACGAUCAUAUAUCCUUCGUGCAACAAAUCGUCCGCUAGGCUCUAUUGUGAUAUCCUAAAGUUCGUAUGCGAGCCUAUUUGGACAUAGACAUUUCAAUGCAGUAAUGACAAAGUAAUGACAGGCCUCUAUAUACUCCCAACAUCUACAUGGCGUCAUAAAUGUUUUAUAAGUAUAUCGUGGGGGGUUAGAGAAAGGUUGAUUUUUAGGAGUAAGUGACAUCAAUAGCAUCGUAGAUUACAUGUGAGCGAAAUUCAAUCCACGAAUUCUACAGGCUGGGUUUAAAAGUAGCUCAUUUCAUGGACUGACUCAAAAACAUAGGUAAGCUUAACAUGGUUACCUCCCCUGUCAUUUAAAACAAAUUAAUGAAAAAUUCCAAAUGUUUCCUGGAGAUGAUUUCAUUUUUUGCCACAUUAAGAAAUCUGAUAUAUAUAUAUCGAUAAUUUGGUUUGUAGUUGAAGAUUACUUAUAUUUUACAAGAUGAGGUGAGUGUUUCGAUUUUCACAAAUAAGCAAACAUUUAUAUGCGACAUGAGUGAAAAAUAUGACAAAUGUUCACCGAGCAAAUGAAAAAGGUCUGUAACUUUGACCUUUGUAUGCUCGAAAAGUGCUGAUGAACCACAUAUUACGAAUGUUAUUUGCGUUAUAACUAACAGUGGUGAGUUGAAAGUGAUAUUUUCCAUGCAAAUGUAUAUAUUGUUUUAUCAGUUUUAUGUUAGAAUUAUGGUUUCAUUAUUUCGGUGUUGUUUUUGAUAUAUUGAUUUACUGUCGUUGAGUACAUCCAUUUCUUAAAAUACUUCACAAAAUGCAUUCCAUUGAUUACAUAUAUUUUCAUUGGUUUCUUUUAACGAGAAUUCAUUCCAAACUAGAAUGAAUAUAUUUUUUCUUUUUUAAACGGACGUAGGAAGACCAACUUCUGUAUGGUGAUUGUGUGUGUCAUUGCCAAUUGCCAUAUUAUAACUUUAUUUAUAGUUUUAAAAAUGAAAUGUUUCAAUGAGUAAUAAAACAAUGUUAGAUA